UCACCAAAGCAUCGAGUAACGAUCCUAUUUUCAGCAUUCGGCGCUUUUCCCUUUGUAAAUCAAAUGUGCACGUUAACUCAGAAAUGGCAGAGCCUUCAUCACAACUAACCACCAAUAAUCUCGUCCAAUACUUUGCCUUUCUCCCAUUCCUUAUUUAUUUCAUCCCCCAUUCACUCACCCAAUAACCCAAUAUAUAUAAAAACCCUACCUUUACUCAAUUCGGCCACACCCAGCAACCUAGUUCAUCAUCACAUUCACCUUCCACCCAAGUUCAACUUCAGUUAUCUACAAAUCUAAGAUUGUAAAAUGAGCAGAAAGCCGUUUCUUCAAAUUCGUUGCUCUGUGCUGCCAAUGUUGGAAACAAUGCGGAUAGUUAAGGACUGCCACUUGGAGUUGCUUCGGAGAACUCCAUUUUGGCCAUUGUUAGAAGCAUUUCGCAAUGGCACCAUUUCGGAAUCACAAUGUAAGGAGUAUCGAACUCCCAUACUCAAUAUCAUCCAAACUUUUAAUCCAGAGACAACAAGUUUUCAGUUUGGUAGUAGAGAUGUUACUAUAAGCACGGAAGACAUCUCUCAGAUUCUUGGACUGCCUCAACAUGGUGAAGCCGUUCUAUUCAAUCGCCCGGGCUCAUGUAAAUCAUACAAACCAGAGAUCAUUGACAGACAUUUCAAGAGAGGAGAAAGGCAGAACUACAAAUCGCUGCACAGUCUAUUGUUAAAAUUACUGAAUGGGAAAGAACAAACAGAUAUAGAAGAUGUUGUACGUCUUACCCUCAUGGAGCUAUUUGUCUCAUUUCUGUUUGCUCAACCAGAUACUACCCGUGUUCUAAUGAAAUAUUGUGAAGACUUAGACAACCUUUCAAAGUAUUCAUGGGCAGAAGCAGUGGGAAAGUUCCUAAACAAAUCUUUGAAAGCCCAGAGCAAAUUUGAUAUUUAUGGAUGCGGGCUUCUCAUACCAUUUUGGUUUUGUGAGAAAACAAAAAUUACACAACCAAUCAGUGGGAGGGAGGUAGUUGAGGGAAAUACACCAGCCCUAAUCAAAUGGAGCCUUCCGGAGCUGAACGCCAAAAUGCAACAAAUAGCCAUUUGCAAUAUUAAGCUUUUGUUCAAGGAGCAAGAUGGGGUUAAAGGAGAAACAAAAAGUGAAAAUGAUAAACAAGAGCACGAGGAAGGAGAAGUCGAUCAAGAUGAGCUAAAGAAGGUGGAGAAUAAGGGAAGAGGAAGAGGAUUAAGCAAACAAUUACGAGAAGUAGAGGAAAGAAGAAACCUCCAACACAACUAUGAAUUAUCUAACGUGAAGAACAACAUGGAAGAUAUGGAUGGAAAGAAGGAGUUGAUUAAAAAUGAUCAGCUAAAUUUUCAAAGCCCCUCCACUGCAAUUCAAUUGAGUCCAAGGGAUGAGAUUGAGGUAUCUCAAAUUGGCCAUGAAAUAAGGUCUCCACCAAAAGGAACUGCAGUAACAGUUAGAAAGCAGCAAUUGGAUCCAGAUUUUGUGUGUGAUGUAGUACCUAAAAAUAAGAAAGCAAAAAAGCAACAUGCUCUAUCUGAUCCAACUCCUGCAGUACCUUCAAGGUCAAUUCAGGAUCCUGCUGGCAAGAAAGAUCAACCUAUAAUAAUAAUUGAGGACAAUUCUGUUUCAGAAGAAGAGGAGAGCCCAAGGAAAUGGAUGAGCUCUAGGAAAGAAAGCUUCUGUUUUGAAAGAUAUGAGGUAUUCAAAUUAAUGGAUGAUGAACAUCAGCAAAAGGUGAAAGCAUUCUGGAAUAUGGCAGAUCCCAAGGAACUAUUCUGGAGCGGGAAGAAGGCAAGUGUCACACGUGAAGAUGUGGGAAAGUUACUAAAAGACACUGCAGUUCCUAGCAAUCUCAUUGAUGCAUUUAUGGAGUUAUUGGAACAACAACAACAAAAUUGUGUCAAAAAAUCAACAUACAUAUCAACUUUGUGCUGGAAUUAUUUACCAAUACAAGAUGCACGAAAGAAAGGCAGGAAAGGAAAGAAAGAUCAAGUGCGAGAUGAGGCUCGUGAUGAAAUGGGAUUGAAUCAAUUAGUUUUUUAUCAGCUAUUGAGGAGUGUGGCAAAAAGUGACUAUGUAUUCAUCCCAGUAAUAUCAAAGUUCCACUAUUCUCUCCUCAUCUUAAACAAAAAUGAAAAAAAAUGGACACAUUACAACCCUUUGAGGAAGAGAUCAGAACUUCAUAUUGAUCCAUGCUAUGAGGUUGCUAAGCAGAUGCAUCAAAUGAUACAGAAAUGGUUGUGUAUAACCCAAAAAGAAGCUCCAAAAAUGCUGCUGAAAGAAACAAAAAGGAAGAUGACAGGCAGACAGCAAGAAAGUUGGACAGAGGUGCCACUUAAUGAAGAUGAAAAAAGAUCGCUAACUUGGAUGGUGGAUCACAAUAUCAACUUCAAAUUAGAGAAUGAUCUCAAGUGUCCGCAACAGGAUUUUAAAUCAUUGGAUUGCGGCAUAUUUGUUAUGUACUACAUGAAUCAACUUUCCCAAGGUCUUCAGGUUGAAGAAGAGAUCAGUGAAUGCAGAAUGUGGGAAUUCCGGAAAGAUCUGAUUGAGCGUUUUGUGGAUCAUGAAAACAGCUGGACACAGAACUCAACCACAUGAAGGUAGAAAUAUGGAUAAAGCAGCCCUUCAUGUAUCAUUUUCUAGUUCUGAAUCACUGUUACUACAAAUGUUUACUAACCUAGAUCUGUAUUUCUGGCCACAUUGGGUAAUAUAUAAUGGAAUUUGGUAGUGCAUUUCAAGUUGGUAUACUUGCUUGGUGGAUGGUGCAAAGUGAAAUUGGUUAUUCACAAGUCACCAAAGAUCAUGACUGUA